UCACGAUCGCUUCUCAGUCGGCCGGUGAUCGUGACACGGGCAGCAUCGCGAACAAUCCAAGCCAAUCGACAAUGAGCCACCGCAAGUAGUUUAAUCGUCAUAGUUUGGUGCAAGCAUAAUUCUAAUUAAAUCGUGAUUCGCGGACGCCAUAUUGGAAAAUUCUUCCCGAUGCUGCAGUUUGGGUGGAUUUUUAUUGGUUUGCUGCUGGGCAGCGUGGACGGAAAGAGGGAAAUUCCCAUCGGAGCUAUUUUCCAUGGGGACAACUACGAAGCGGAGAUCGCUUUCAAAUAUGCAAUCGAACGAGUAAACAUGCACGAGAAACAUUUUGAGUUGCUUCCGUUGAUCAAAUACGUAUCGCCGGAGGAUAGCUACAAAACGGAGAAGAAAGUCUGCGAGCUGGCAUCGGAAGGGGUCACUGCUAUCUUUGGUCCAAGUUCAAUCUUGACCUCGGGUAUAGUGAGCUCCAUUUGCAAGACCAUUGAGAUCCCUCAUAUUAUCACCCAUUGGGAUCCGGAACCCAUUGGAGGUGUGGAUCCAGAAUUGCAAGCAAUGACCAUCAACCUGUAUCCGGACGCGGAUGUCUUGUCGCGAGCUUUGCGAGAUCUGAUCGUAGACUACAGCUGGAAAAGUUUCACAAUUAUUUACGACAGUGACGAAGGUUUGAUGCGAUUGAAAGACAUUCUUCAGAUCCAUGGACCGACGGACAAUCCCAUCACGGUGCGACAAAUAGACGAUGAUCCGGACUACAGACCAUUGCUGAAGGAUAUUCAAUCUUCCGGAGAGAGUCACAUCAUUCUAGAGGUCCACCCCGACAAAAUUUUGGAAAUACUUCGACAGGCGAGGGAGGUCAAAAUGUUGGAGGAGUACCAGAGCUAUAUCAUCACCACCUUGGAUGCUCAUACGUUAGAUUUUGAGGAACUGAAGUACUCGAGAUCCAACAUAACCACGCUACGUCUGAUGGAUACGAAGACCUUCGACAUCAAGAACGCCGUCCACGAUUGGGAACAGGGAGAGGGAAGAAUGAAGAAAGUUUUCCGAGUCUCUCCGGAACACGUCCGGACGGAAUCUGCCUUGUACAAUGAUGCCGUAAAGAUCUAUGCUACCGCGAUUCGGGAGCUGGAUGCUACCGAAGAAAUCACACCAUCCAGGCUGUCCUGUGGCAGUAAAAACCUUCGACAGUGGCCUUUUGGAUUGCGGAUUAUUAACUACAUGAAAGUGAAAACGGAACACGGGAUCACGGGACCGAUAAUCUUCGAUGAUAACGGACGCCGUACUCAUUUCCAGUUGGAUAUUAUCGAGUUGAGUCAGCAGGACGGUUUCAAGAAGAUCGCCAUUUGGGAUCCAACCAACGGGAUAAACUACACUCGCAGCGAAGAGGAUGUUCGCCUGCAGAUCGUUGAAUCGCUACAAAACAAAACGUUCAUCGUUGCUUCGCGUUUGGGUGCACCGUUUCUUAUGUUGAAGGAAAAGGGCGAAGGUGAAUUUUUAGAAGGAAAUAAUCGUUUCGAGGGCUACUCGCUGGAGUUGAUUGACGGAAUUUCCAAAAUUCUCGGGUUUCAAUAUCGGAUGGUACUCGUCCCAGAUGGGAAGUAUGGAUCUUACAACAAACAAACGAAAAAGUGGGAUGGCUUGGUGAAGCAUCUGCUAGAUCGGAAAGCGGACCUUGCUAUAUGCGACCUUACCAUCACCUAUGAACGAAGAACAGCCGUAGACUUUACAAUGCCCUUCAUGACCCUCGGUAUCAGCAUUCUGUACGCCAAGCCCGUCCCCCAGCCCAAAGAUCUUUUCUCGUUUCUGUCUCCCCUAUCUCUGGACGUUUGGAUCUAUAUGGCGACCGCCUAUCUUGGCGUCUCAGUACUGCUGUUCGUUCUCUCCCGUAUGGCUCCAGCCGAUUGGGAAAAUCCUCAUCCUUGCAAGCAAGAUGAAGUCGAAGAGGUGGAGAACGUCUGGAACAUGCUGAACGCGCUCUGGCUCACGAUGGGCUCCAUCAUGGGUCAAGGUUGCGACAUUCUUCCGAAAGCUGUCUCGACGCGUGUCGUAGCCGGAAUGUGGUGGUUCUUUGCGCUGAUCAUGCUUUCGUCCUACACGGCUAAUCUGGCUGCUUUCUUGACCAUGGAACGUAUGGACGCUUCGAUCGAGAGCGCUGAAGAUCUGGCCAAACAGAGCAAGAUCAAGUACGGAGCCGUGCACGGUGGAAGUACGCUGAGCUUUUUCCGCAGCUCGAACUUCUCUACGUACCAACGGAUGUGGGCUGCCAUGGAGUCGGCCCGGCCUUCCGUUUUUACGAAGAGUAACGACGAAGGACGCGAUCGUGUCAUGAAGGGACGUGGACUGUACGCUUUCUUGAUGGAGUCCACCUCAUUGGAAUACAUCACCGAGCGGUAUUGCGAGCUCACUCAAAUUGGUGGAUUGCUGGAUUCCAAAGGAUAUGGAAUCGCUAUGCCCGUUAACUCUCCCUAUAGGACAGCCAUUUCCGGAGCGGUGCUCAAGAUGCAAGAAGAAGGUAAACUGCACCAGUUGAAGACCCGUUGGUGGAAGGAGAUGUACGGUGGAGGACGCUGUGACGAACAAGCUACUACCUCUGCAGGGGACAGUGCUGCCGAGCUGGGAAUCGAUAACGUAGGUGGUGUGUUCGUCGUUCUGGCACUCGGGUGUUUCUGUUCAUUUAUCAUAGGAAUAUUGGAGUUCUUGUGGAACGUGCGCAAGGUGGCAGUUGAAGAGAAGGUAACUCCAAUGGAAGCUUUACAGGCGGAGCUGAAGUUUGCCCUCAAUCUGUUUAUAACGACUAAACCGGUGCACAACAUGCUGAGCGAGGCUUCGUCGGCCAAGAGUUCUUUGCGAUCCAAGUCCGAAUCGCGGCGGGAAUCGGAAUCUGUCGGCAGAAUGCACAACAUUAAAACCGGAAACAGCCUGAUGAACGUGGACAAGAUUGGAUUUGUGUUUAACAAUAAAUAGUGUUAACGUGUAAUCCGAUUGAAUUGGAGAUUUGUGUAACCUUCAAUGUUUGAAGAUAGUUUUAGACGUGUUACAAAGUGUUGAGCUUUGAGUUAGUACCUAUUUGCCCAAAAGUAUUUUUCGAGCAUCCUUUAAAAAUUAUAACAGAUCGAACAAUUGGCAAUUUAAUUGCACUGCUAAUAUUGAGGCUCUCAACGGUCAACUGUAGAUUUAGAAAUGGUGAGUUCCGUGAAACAAUGUCUGUAGUUUCCCAUCAACAUUGUGUGUUAACUAAACCUGAUAUGUGAUUACCUUACCCUUGAAAUAUUCCAACUGAGAUCAAUAAAUAUACUCUGCAAGUGUUUAUUAGUUUAAUUAGUCUCAAAUCCUAGUUAUAUGGUGGAAAUUAUAAAAAAUGUAGUGAAUUCGGUGAAGUGAACACAUUAUAUCUAGUGCCAAAAUCUACAUGAU